AUGCGGCGGCCAUACAUCGCGAGUUGGACGGAGCCGAUAGCGGUCGAUCUCAGAAUCAACGUGGUGCUGGUGGGGCUGAACGGCGACGGGGCCUUCACCUACAAGCUCCCAGAGUCGCGGCUGGCCUCGCUGCUCGCGACAGCACUGCCCACCUACCGCCCGUCGCUGGUGGAGGAGGAAAGGCCGCUCAAUGUGGAGUACACCCUGCGAUACGAUGUGCACCACCAGCACAACAUAGGCACCUUCACCAAGAUGCUCGGCGAGGAGCUCAGCAAGCUCGGGCCUCCGGACAGAGGCGCGACGCUGACGGACUACGCGGUUCCCCCGAGCGCACUGCAAGCGUGGCAGUCCUACUUUGACUCCAUCACCGUCGCGGACGAGUACAGCAUCAUUCUGCUCAAUCCGUGUAAGCGCGCGUUGGAAAACGCGAGGACGGGUGCUGAGGGCACCACUGUCGAGCCCCGGUGGCAGUACCACUACAACUACGACGGAGCCCCCACCCAAGCGUGGGUGUCCGAGGGCCGCUACACGGUGGUGGAUCUGAGCGCUGGGCCGGUGGUCUACGGACCCUCGGACGUGGGCGAGGGAGCAGUCACGGCCGCCUCCUUGCCUCGCCUUGGGAAGUUCCACAACAAACUGAGGACGCUGGGCCAAAACAGACUCUACGAGCGCUACACCGUGAGCGAUUUCGCCGAGAUCGAAGCCCACAUCGCCACGACCGUGAUCUCGGCCAUCCAGCACGUCUUUGUGCCCGACAUCCGGUUCCCUGCCGUCCAAGCCGACAAGGUCUUGGUCCCGAUCGUCGUGCUACGGAACCACGUCGAGUUCAAUCCGUGGCGCAAGGGCCACCCGUAUUCGAUCGACAUCGACGCCAUCAGGAGGGAGGUGGCCAAGCUGGCUCUGCCUAACCAGGAGGUGACGAUCGUGACCGACCUGCACGGCCUGCACGAGCACAAGCACAUCGCCCUCGCCCUCGCCAAGGCCCACAAGACCGACACCGUCCACGAGCUCAACGUGUGGGGCCGUUAUGACGCGAAGGAGAAGCCCUACAUCGACGGUCGCGCGCUGCUGCAGCAGAUGAAGGACGCGCAGGACAUCAUCACCUCCGGGUUCCUUCAGUCGGCCGAAGAGCGCGCUCAUCUGUCCGCCUUCUUCUCUCGGUCGCAGCCAGCGGCCCAGGCCUCGGCCUCGGAUUCGCAGAAGGCGUCGCGUCCGCUGGGCACCCGCAUCCUGCCCGUCUACGUUUUCUCCCUCCUGCUUUCUCCUCACCUCCAGAACUCUCUGCUCGACCGCAGCUCUCUAUACACUGCGUCGGCCGAGGGCGUGAUUGUGCUGCAAACGAAUUCGACGGAGGUGCCGGUGCCCUACUUUGCCCAGGACUCGCCCGUGUUGGUCCACCCGAACGACCCCACGCGGUACAUCAUCGCCGGCAUCGCCACUGCCCUGGGUGCCCUCAACACGCCCCUCCAGCGCUACUCCCCCCUUCACUCGCGCGUCUUGCAGUCCCACAUGUGGGCCAACGGACAUCACCCGUUCGGGCCGUACGCCACGACGACGGGCAUUUCGCGGGUGUUCGUGGACAUGGUGACCAGGAAUGCCGUGCUGUCGCGCUUGGACCAGGCCCUCAAGAAGAUCCACAAGUCCAUCGCCGACGUCGACCGGUUCGCCAAGCGGUACCUGUACGACCCCUUCGGCGAGAACAUAACGAUGACCGAAUUCCAGGGGAGAACCGUCGGUUCGACGACCGAGUUCACCGGCUCGAUGGCGGACCUUGAGCCCGGCUCCAAUGGCCCCGAGCUAUGGCAGAGCUCGGAGGGCGAGAGGACCUCCACGUUCCUGCACUUUCAGGAACUGCCCGCUUCCACCGUCGAGCGGCUGUACGGCGAAAUGAAUAGGCUCGAGGGCAUGUUCCAUCGCGUCGGCGGGCUCCUGCGGGACUACAAGCUCAAUGAAGCCUAUGAAGUGUCGAGCUCGCUGGGGCUCGCAGCGAUGACCUUUGCCCAGUACGUGAGGGACGAGAUCCAGGCGGCCGAGGCCGAGCUCGUUUGUUGCAUUCUGCAGCACACCCCGACCCAUUCCUCGUUCUUUGGCGACCUCCUCCAGUACUUCCUCGUCUUCGUGGUGGCGGUGCUCUUCAUGCUGGCGCUGGUCGUCUUCCUCAAGAAGAAGCCCCAGACCAAGCAGUCCCUGCUGUCCAAGCGCCGAUGA